AUGUCGAAUUACUCCAUUUUCACCGAAGCUACUCGAAUCCUAAAUGAAGUUCUCCUUCAGGAUCCCAGAUUACAACUUCCAGACUCUUUCGUCAAAGCCGCCGAGAGAGUCAAGUUCGUUGGAGAAGACGACCAACCUUUCGUCCUCACGCCUCUCAAGAUCACGGAGUCGAGCGCUGCCUUAAACGCUCUCGUAGCCACAGCUGCAAAUGUUGUCGCAGCAGAGCGUUAUAGCAUCAACUACCAGAAUGUUGAAAUCAACACGGACCUUGCAACCCUGUUCCUUGAAUCAGUGCUACUACCCACCAUUGGUGGCAAGCACUUUAUGCAGAACAACAAAAUGCUAGCAGAGCUUGCCAAGAUGGACAUCCAUCAGAUGAGCAAGCCAAUCAGGCGAUAUGCGACAAAUGUUUAUCGAACCAAAGACGGAAGAUGGUAUCAUCUGCAUGGAUCUAUGAACGCUUUGCCCACGAUGGAGAUGUUGGGUGUUGAGGAUAGUGAUGUCAGCACUGAAGAAGCCUUCGAGACCUACGCGAAAAAAGUUGCACAAUGGGACUCUAAGGAUAUUGAGAAGGUCGCCAAUGAGAAGUACAAGCAAGCUGGUGUAGUUUGUUAUACGCCUGAGGAAUUCUUCGCAAGCGAGCAUGGCAAGGUCAUGUCGGAGGAACCCUUAUGGACAUCGACUCGCGUGCCAGCACCGAAGAAGCCUUGGCCCGAAGCCAGAGACAGUGAGAGCUAUAGCCCACUCGCCGGCAUCAGAGUCUUGGACUUAUCUCGUGUCAUCGCAGCUCCAGCAGUAUCCAAGAUCCUCAGUGUUCUUGGGGCCGAUGUCAUCCGUGUCUCCUGCAGCAGGUUACCCGAGUAUGCAGCAACGAUGCCGGAUCUUCAGACUGGCAAGAGAGACGUUGACAUUGAUCUUAAGACAAUCGAGGGACGACAAACGCUUUCUGAGCUUCUCAAAGAGGCUGAUGUUCUUGUUGAUGGAUACCGUCCUGGUGCCUUGGCGAAACUAGGCUUUGACUCCAAGUCUUUGCGUGAGUUGAGCCCAAGUCUGAUCUAUAUGAGGGAGAAUUGUUAUGGUUUCAAGGGGCCGCUCUCGUACCGCUCGGGAUGGCAGCAGAUUAGUGACUGUUUGGUUGGGCUGUCAUACUUACAGGGCAAGUUUCUUGGUCUCGACGAGGCUGUUGUUCCACUGUUCCCCAACUCGGACUAUCAGACCGGAUUGGUUGGAGCCGCGGCUGCUGUCCAAGCAUUGUUAGCCCGCACCAAAGAAGAUGUAACCUUCGACAUCGAUAUCAGCCUCACGCAGUAUAACAUCUGGUAUUAUCGUCUCGGCUUGUACUCUGAGGACCAACAGAAGACCUUAAGAAGCCGGGACUUGCAGUUCAACCCUCGCCAUUACGAUGAUAUGAGUGCGCUCGUUGGGAAGACGCAUCAAUCCUUACAGAAAAUUCGCCCGGAAAUGUUUAAGCAUCCUGGGUACUUUUGGGACAUGAGUGGCAAGGAAUACGGGCUGGAUGGGGACUUCAAAAUGCUGGCACCCGCGUUCAAGUUUGACAAGUCAAGUAUUGGCUGGAAAGUUCCGACUGGACGUAGAGGGAGGUCGAAGGCUGAGUGGGUAUUGUAA